AUGUCCUACCCGCAGGGCUACCUGUACCAGGCGCCCGGCUCGCUGGCGCUCUACUCGUGCCCGGCGUACGGCGCGUCGGCACUGGCGGCGCCGCGCAGCGAGGAGCUGGCGCGCUCGGCGUCGGGCUCGGCGUUCAGCCCGUACCCGGGCUCGGCGGCCUUCACCGCGCAGGCGGCCACGGGCUUCGGCAGCCCGCUGCAGUACUCGGCCGACGCCGCCGCCGCCGCCGCCGGCUUCCCAUCCUACAUGGGUGCGCCUUACGACGCGCACACGACCGGGAUGACGGGCGCCAUCGGCUACCACCCGUAUGGGAGCGCGGCCUACCCGUACCAGCUCAACGACCCGGCCUACCGCAAGAACGCCACGCGGGACGCCACGGCCACGCUCAAGGCCUGGCUCAACGAGCACCGCAAGAACCCCUACCCCACCAAGGGCGAGAAGAUCAUGCUGGCCAUCAUCACCAAGAUGACCCUCACGCAGGUCUCCACCUGGUUCGCCAACGCGCGCCGGCGCCUCAAGAAGGAGAACAAGAUGACGUGGGCCCCCAGGAACAAAAGCGAGGACGAGGACGAGGACGAGGGCGACUCGGCAAGGAGCAAGGAGGAGAGUCCGGACAAGGCGCAGGAGGGCACCGAGACUUCGGCGGAGGACGAAGGGAUCAGCCUGCACGUCGACUCGCUCACGGAUCACUCGUGCUCCGCCGACUCGGACGGAGAGAAGCUGCCGUGCCGGGCCGGGGACCCCCUGUGCGAGUCGGGCUCGGAGUGCAAGGAGAAGUACGACGAACUGGAGGACGACGAGGACGACGACGAGGAGGGCGAGCGGGACCUGGCGCCGCCCAAGCCCGUGACCUCGUCGCCGCUCACCGGCGUGGAGGCGCCGCUGCUGAGCCCCCCAUCCGAGGCCGCCCCCCGCGGGGGCGGCGGCGGCAAGACGGCGCUGGGCAGCCGGACGUCGCCGGGCGCGCCGCCGCCCGCCAGCAAGCCCAAGCUGUGGUCUCUGGCCGAGAUCGCCACGUCGGACCUCAAGCAGCCGAGCCUGGGCCCGGGCUGCGCGCCGCCGGGGCUGCCAGCGGCCGCCGCGCCCGCCUCGUCCGGGGCGCCUCCGGGCGGCUCGCCCUACCCCGCGUCGCCGCUGCUCGGCCGCCACCUCUAUUACACGUCGCCCUUCUAUGGCAACUACACAAACUACGGGAACUUGAACGCGGCGCUGCAGGGCCAGGGGCUCCUGCGGUACAACUCGGCGGCCGCGGCCCCCGGAGAGGCGCUGCACGCCGCGCCCAAGGCUGCCAGCGACGCGGGCAAGGCGGGCGCGCACCCGCUGGAGCCCCACUACCGGCCCCCCGGCGGCGGCUACGAGCCCAAGAAAGAUGCCAGUGAGGGCUGCACCGUGGUUGGUGGAGGCCUCCAGCCCUACCUAUAGAAGGGCCGCACACAGCAAUGCAAGUAGGUGUCACAAUUGCUUUGGAAAAAAAAAAGUCAGCAGGCCAUUCUCUCUUCCCAAGUUCAUAAAUAUACAGAUAUAUAUUAAAAAAAAAAGAUCUCUAAAUCCGGACCACAUCUUGUGCCACUGUAAAAGAGAAGGAUCCACAGGGCACUGCCAACCCACAGACUCGAUUGGAACAGACUUUUGUUGGACAUACGUGAAUUUGUUGGCAUAGUAUAGCUUCCCCAAUGUAUGUGUGACUUUUGCAAACAAUCUUUUUUCUCAGGAUAUCUUGAAUUGAUCACUUCAUUGCCACGGUAUAUAUUCUAUAGGUGUGAUAGGAUUUACUGUAAAGUUUAUUUGUAAAAGAUGUACACAGUAGAAAUAAAACGUGAUUAUAGAACUUGAGUACUUAAGAAGUGGAAACAAAUUUGAUAUUUAUUUUUAUAAUGAUAUAAAGCUUCUAGUAAUUUAUGCAAGUUGUAUUGCAAUGGAAUCUAAACCUUUUGUAAAUAA